AUGAAGUGGAGGUCAAUGUUCAAUCGCGACCGCGAUGGCGCCACGCGCAUGAUUGACGAAGCCAGCGCUCUGUUACCAACCCACGGCGACCAGAUCCCCAGCGCCGUCCCGGCCAAGGAGGUCACCAAAAUCGCCUUGCGUCUCAAACAUCAGAUCGAGCAAGUCAUUCCAUGUGAGCUCGAGGAAGAUAGAGUCACUGCCGCUCAUUCCAAUGUCAUCACUCCAGCCGUCGUCGAAACUGCCCGCUCUGCUGGCAAGCAUGGACGAUCCGGUUCUUCCGACAACGACUACUCUGCUUGUGUUGUCUUUUGCUUGCUGAUUUGCAAGAAGUGGUUCAAGCGCCAGGCUUUGCUAGAGCUCUGGGAUGCCGACAUGCAUGAAGUUCGUGCCGUCGCCUGUGAGGUAGUUGCUAAGGCCAUUAUCGAAUCUGAGGAAGACGCCGGCUUCUUGCUGCAAAGCAUUCUCCUCAAGAGAUACAGUAUCAUUAUCGAUGGAGAAGAAACCGCGCCCAACAAUGUCAUCGAGAAGGCUGUCGACAUGCAUGCUCUUAGAGUCAUUGGAAGCUCGGGCUACCAGAAGUGUAUCACCUACCUUUGGCGUGGCUGGCUGGUUCAAGAUGAAGACGAUCCUACUCGCUUUGUCGAUUACAAGUUGAAGACUUCAACAAGCUACUGGGACCACCUCGAUCCUGAUCGUAUGCGUGCUCCUCUCUACCAGAACGCACUCCAAGUCUUCAUCAGUCUGCUCUACCUGGGUUUCUACACUGGCGCCAUCAACACUAUCAACCCUACUGGUGAUCUCGAUGCUAUCGAAGGACUGCUCUACAUCUUUACCCUCGGUUUUGUCUGCGAUGAACUUGCCAAGUUUUGGAAAGUCGGAAAGUACUACUUUGGAUUCUGGAACACUUUCAACAAUACUCUUUACGCCUUGUUGACCGUCUCAUUCGUCACAAGAAUGAUAGCCCUUGGUCAUCACAUCGGCACAGACGACAGACACAAGUUCAACGAGCUUAGCUACAACUUCCUGGCCUUCUCCGCACCCAUGUUCUGGUGCCGUCUGUUGCUUUACUUUGACACCUUCCGCUUCUUCGGCACCAUGCUUGUCGUGCUCAAGGUCAUGAUGAAGGAAUCUCUCAUCUUCUUCGCCCUUUUGUUCUUCGUUAGUAUCGGUUUUCUGCAAGCAUUCAUCGGUCUGGAUCAAGAAGACGGCAAACUGGAUGCCACUAACUUUGUCGUCCAAGCCAUGAUCAACGCCGUCAUGGGCAGUCCCGAGUUCGAUGGCUUUGACAACUUUGCCCCUCCUUUCGGCUUGAUACUCUACUACAUCUUCACCUUCAUUGUUAUUGUCUUAUUGUUGAACAUCCUGGUUGCUCUGUACAAUAGCGCCUAUGAAGAUAUCACCGAACACUCUAUCGACGAGUACAUGGCUCUUUUCGCACAAAAGACUUGCCAGUUCGUUCGCGCUCCUGAUGAGAAUGUCUUCAUUGCGCCAUUCAAUUUAAUCGAGCUCGUCUUGCUCGUGCUGCCGUUCGAAUGGUGGAUGGACAAGGAUACCUACGAGCGUCUCAACGACUACGUGAUGGCUACCAUUUACAGCCCUCUGCUAAUCAUCACCGCCGCCCUUGAGACAAGAAUGGCCUAUAAAGUCCGCUUCAACCGCAACAGAGGAGAGGUAGACGAAGACACCAUCGAAGAGUGGGAGCAAAUGGACGGUGAAUUCGACUUUGAAGGCGACGGCUGGGCCAAGAAGUGUGAAGAAACGAAACCCAAUGUCGAGGUCGAUGGAACCCUUGUUGAAGUCAAGGAGUUGAGAAAGGAGAUUGAAGAGUUGAAGGAAAUGUUGAGAAGUCUCAAGGGUUGA